CUGUCAUACUGUAAGCAUCGUAAUUGUGUAGCUCCGUAUUAUUGAGUGCUAAAAAAUAAUUUCGUACACUGUUCUUGAGACUGCGACGUCACAAAACACAAAUUGAAGUGUCGUCCGUGUAGUGGAACUACCGAUUUCACACAAUAUCACGUAAGUUCUUGAAUUUCAACAAAAGUAUCUCCAAAAAGUGAUAAUUAGAGGUUAGAAAUCCACCAAUCAUAUUGAGCAUAGACAAAAGAUCAAUGACAUUGACACUUGUCACAGUAACAGCUAACUAGUGUUGCCAGAGCAAGUAAAUAAAAACUACCACUAAUUACGUUCCAUAACACGCAGAUUUAGUUUACAAGAAUGGAGGAUCAGUUUCAACUAUUAUUUGAUAAAAUGAAGAAUGAAAUCUUGAACCAAACAAUAGAAUUGAAAGAUUCGAUAACAAAUAAUAUAAUGGAGAGAUUAGACGAAAAACUUCAACCUAUUAUAACAGAAAAUAGAAACUUAAAAAUAAAAGUAGAAAAUCUCGAAAAGGAAGUAGAAAGUUUAAAAAGAGGAAAGAAGCAAAACAAUUUGAUAAUGUUUGGAGUAAAUGAAGGCGAAAGGUCUACACAAGAAUUAAUACAAAAUACAAUACAUAUUUUCAAAACUGACCUUGACAUACAAUUACAAGAACAUGAGAUAAACAAAAUAUAUCGUCUAGGAAAGGGAAAGUCUUCUGGAAAACCAAGACCAAUUCUGAUUUCCUUUACGAGCGAAUGGAAGAAGAAUGAAGUUAUGGGAAAGAAGAAAAACUUCAAAAAUGUAUAUGUUACAGAAGACUACACAAAGGAAGUAAUAGAGAAAAGGAAAACGUUGCAGGCGCAGCUAAAAGAGGAGAGAGAAAAGGGAAAUAUCGCGUACCUGAAAUUUGACAAACUAGUAGUAAAAGGAAAAAAUACUAACAUAAAUAAGGAAAAGCGCAAAAGAGAAACAUCAUCAUCCCCACAAAACAAUGCUCAACCAAGGAAACAACAAACUCUAAUGCCGCCGAUUAACAAUAGACCAAAUGCUUUCGACGUAAUGAGGAUUAGAGCUAAUUCUCUUUCGUCUCUUCCCGCUAAGACAACAACUAACAAAGAAUAACAAUUAACUGUCGGUAAACGGAAAAAUAAACAGCUCAACAUGAACCAACAUAAAAUAACAAAACAAAAUACUUCCCCAAGCCGACUGGUCAUCGUGGGGAAAAAUGACCACGACCCUCUAAAGGAAAAAAAUAACACUAACAUGAAAAACAAAGUAAAUGACAUCCACAUAGCAACUAUUAAAAGUGGCGGGCCCAAUAUGGACGCGCAUAGCGGAAAAUAGAACAGAGUGGAAAUCAUUAGAGGAGGCCUAUGUCGAAAGACAAGCUGAAAUGUAGAAACGACUGUUUACCGAUACCUGAUUUAUGAAAAGAAAAGAAACUGUUAAAAGUUAUAAACGUAUUUGUAAGAAAAAUUACUGUAAAAAUAAGUUCAGCAAUAAAGGCUAUUUUAUUUU